AUGUCGGACCAAGGCUCUGAAACAGAUGCCUCACAUCCGCCUAAACUCGGGGGCCAGGAUCCAUUUCUCGAAACCAACGAGGGCUAUGCUCCGUUGAAUGGUCGGAACUCACCUCGACCGUUGACGCCCCAGGGUUCUGAACCACAGAUGCCCGUUGGAGCUCAGGGUAUGUCGCCGUACGGUGUCUCUCACGCACCGGAGUCAUCAGAGUUCCUACUCCCUCCAAAGCUGCGACCCACACCCCGGGAUGAUCAGGAUCGAUCCGGGUCUCCUGAUCGCUGGUCUGCGCGUUCUGCGGCGCGGUCGAGUGUCAGCUCGAUGAGUCGGGAUAGUCGGUUUCAUUUCAAUCCGUUUGAUGAUUACUCGCGGGCACCGAGUCGGACCGGAAGCGACGAGUAUGAUGUUAACACGCAGACUGUUUCGGAAAAGUUUAAUAUCAUGCCGACGGAUGGGUUGUUGCUUUUUCCUGAGGACGUGGAGAAGGAUGAUUAUCUGCAUAAUCCCGAUCCCGCGGACCAGGACCGUGAGUGUGAUGUUUGUAAUCGUCGAGGUGUGUUGAAUAUUGGUGGGUUGGCCUUGUUGACGGUGGGAAUUUUGGUGCUCUUCAUUGGGUACCCGGUCAUAUCUUGGGUCGAGGGCAUUCUCAAACCGACUCAUCCUUGCAAGGAUGGAGACUUUCCCUGCUUGGAUGUUGGGGACAUGCCUUUGUUGGAGAAUAUUCGGAGAGGAUUGAUUGAUCCGGAUACACCUGAAGAGGCAAUGACCAAGAAGAAUGUGGAUGGCAAGGAGUGGAAGCUCGUGUUCUCGGACGAGUUCAAUCUGCCCGGUCGAACAUUUUACGAUGAUGACGACCCCUUUUUCCAAGCGGUGGAUCUAUGGUAUGGUGUGACCAUGGACAAAGAGUGGUACGAUCCCGAUGCAGUCACCACGAACGAAGGCGUCAUGGAAAUCCGAUUCGACAACUUCAAGAAUCACGGCCUGCAAUACCGAUCCGGCAUGGUCCAAAGCUGGAACAAACUUUGCUUCAAGGGUGGUCGUCUCGAAGCAAGUCUUUCUCUCCCCGGUGACGGACACAUCCAGGGUUUCUGGCCUGGUUUCUGGGCCAUGGGCAACCUGGGUCGUCCCGGUCAUGCUGCAACUACAGAUGGAAUGUGGCCAUACAGUUACCAUGACGGUUGUGACGCUGGAAUCACUCCCAACCAAAGUUCUCCCGAUGGCAUCAACUUUCUUCCUGGCAUGCGACUUCCUGGCUGCGCUUGUCCCGGGUCUGAUCAUCCCAGCCCUGGCCACGCUCGCAGUGCCCCGGAAAUCGAUGUCAUUGAAGGUAGCACAGCUCCAUUGAACGGCGACGGUCCAUACAUUGGUAUGGCCUCGCAGUCUCUACAAGCGGCUCCAUUUGAUCUCUGGUACAUGCCAGAUUACGACUACACUGCCGUCUACGAUCCGCGCAUCACCCAAAUAAACUCCUACCGUGGCGGCAUCUACCAACAAGCCAUGUCAGGCCUGUCAAACCUAAACAGCCGCUGGUACAACGGCACAGAAUACCAGACCUUCGCCUUCGAAUACACCCCCGGCGCCACGGGAAAUGUAACCUGGUUCAUCGGCGCCGACAAAACCUGGACGCUGGACGGACGCGCCAUCGGUCCCAAUGGUAACAUCGGACAACGCAUGAUCCCGCUCGAACCAAUGAGUAUAGUCAUGAAUCUGGGUAUGGCAGAUAACUUUGCGCCGCAGAAUAAAAGUAUCCGCGAGUAUAUGCCUGCGUAUUUGCGGGUUGAUUAUAUCCGGAUUUAUCAGGAUCCGGAUGAGAUUAGCGUUACGUGUGAUCCGCCUGGGUUUGAGACUACGGGGUAUAUUGAUGCGCAUCGGAGGGCGUAUGAUAAUCAUAAUCUGACGACUUGGGAGGAUGCUGGUUACCGCUGGCCGAAGAAUAGCUAUAUGCAUGGCUGUUAA